AUGGCGGUGCCUCUGUUGGUGAUGGUUGUAUUUGGGUGGAGACUUGACUGGAGAGACUCCCCCGGUGUAAAUGAAGUGCUUUAUUUAUUAACAGCCAGGCAGUGGGGGCGAGAGCUCUCGGUGCUGGCAAAUGCCGUCCAGGCACUGGUAAUAAAGGCGUUCUCCGGGGGCAGGGUGGGGUUACCCCGAGGGAAUACGGUGAUUGUCCGUCCCAUGCAGACUUUGACCAGGGCCAGCAAAAGCACCCGGAAGAGCUUGCUUGGUGAUGGACAGAAUUUGUUUACAAAAGACGUGACAGUGAUCGAGGGAGAAGUUGCAACCAUCAGCUGCCAAGUCAAUAAGAGUGACGACUCCGUUAUUCAACUACUGAAUCCCAACAGGCAGACCAUUUAUUUCAGGGACUUCAGGCCUUUGAAGGACAGCAGGUUCCAGCUGCUGAAUUUUUCGAGCAGUGAACUCAAAGUGUCGUUGACAAAUGUCUCAAUUUCUGAUGAAGGAAGAUACUUUUGCCAGCUCUACACCGACCCCCCGCAGGAAAGCUACACCACAAUCACAGUCCUGGUCCCACCACGUAAUCUGAUGAUCGAUAUCCAGAAAGACACAGCGGUGGAAGGUGAGGAGAUUGAGGUCAACUGCACCGCCAUGGCCAGCAAGCCAGCCACGACCAUCAGGUGGUUCAAAGGGAACAAGGAGCUAAAAGGCAAAUCGGAGGUGGAGGAGUGGUCAGACAUGUACACUGUGACUAGUCAGCUGAUGCUAAAGGUGCACAAGGAGGAUGACGGGGUCCCGGUGAUCUGCCAAGUGGAGCACCCUGCCGUCACUGGAAACCUGCAGACCCAGCGGUACCUGGAGGUGCAGUAUAAGCCUCAAGUGCAUAUUCAGAUGACUUAUCCUCUACAAGGCCUAACCCGGGAAGGGGACGCGCUUGAGUUAACAUGUGAAGCCAUCGGGAAGCCCCAGCCGUUGAUGGUAACUUGGGUGAGAGUCGAUGAUGAAAUGCCUCAACACGCCGUCCUGUCGGGGCCUAACCUGUUCAUCAAUAACCUAAACAAAACAGAUAAUGGUACCUACCGCUGUGAGGCUUCCAACAUAGUGGGGAAAGCUCAUUCGGAUUAUAUGCUGUAUGUAUACGAUCCCCCCACAACUAUCCCUCCUCCCACAACAACCACCACCACCACCACCACCACCACCUCCACCACCAUCCUUACCAUCAUCACAGACCCAACGGCGACGACAGAGCCAGCAGUUCACGGCCUUACUCAGUUGCCCAAUUCCGCAGAAGAACUGGACAGUGAGGACCUCUCAGAUUCUCGAGCAGGUGAAGAAGGCUCGAUCAGGGCGGUGGAUCACGCCGUGAUCGGCGGCGUCGUGGCCGUGGUGGUCUUCGCCAUGCUGUGCCUGCUCAUUAUCCUGGGCCGCUAUUUUGCCAGACAUAAAGGUACAUACUUCACUCAUGAAGCCAAAGGAGCCGAUGACGCAGCAGACGCAGACACAGCUAUAAUCAAUGCAGAAGGAGGACAGAACAACUCGGAAGAAAAGAAAGAGUACUUCAUCUAAGCAGCCUUUUUGUUUCCAUGAGGUGUCCAACUGGCCCUAUUUAGAUGAUAAAGAGACAGUGAUAUUGGAACUUGCGAGAAAUUCGUGUGAUCUUUUAUGAAUGGGUGGAAAGGUGCGAGACUGAGAAGGCUUGGGAUUUGCUGUGUAAAAAAAAAAAGAAAAGAAAUGUUCUUUGAAAAGUA